AGGAGUUUUUCACGAAAAGUACAGCCGAGCCAAGAAGGACGAAAAAAACAUACAUUACAAUAAAACCUCAUCGUAUCGGGAAUUAACCCCACCACCAGCUUCUUAUGAUGGCAACUCCUCAAAGAAAAGCAGGAAAUCUCUUAAAAACGGAGGGCGACUCGACAGAGGUGAGUAAAAGUUAGUGAUAAAUCUGUGGGCUCAAGCCUGCAACAAGUUAGCCUUACUUAUCGGUCUACCAAACAAAACAGCUGAUUAAAUAUAAAUGUACAAACCAUUUGCGCACUGUCUUGCAACAAAUAAAUGAAAUGUAAAAACAUAUUAAAGGGAUAUUCCGGCGUAAAGUUAAUUUAGGGUCAAACACACCGUAAUACCGAGUUAGACACCCCCUCGAGAGAUGAAUGUUGUCGACCGCUUGCUUCUCUAGUUAUACCAACUUUAUUUAGGAACACACGAUAGCAAUACACAAUGGUCUAUGGCUCCACACACAAACCUCAACCAAAAAGCCACUCUAUAGCCACAAAUAAUGCUCAGAACAGCACCUUACUUCAUCAACAGUACAUAUAGGGUCCCAGCCAUAGCACUAACCACCAAACCUCUUUUUAACUUUGCCUAAUUUCUUCAGCAAAGAGACUAAACACAACUCACCUACUCUCUUCCAGCAGCUCCUUGUGAGACCUCAGGCCAGUCCAUUACGAACUACAGCGGGGUGACACAGCUCAAGGAAGAGCAUUUAUGAUCUUUACUUUAUCAUUUCAUUGAAGUAAUAAUCACCAUAUUAAUCAUUUUUGCACUGCAGGCGCAGUAGUUCUUCUGCCUUAGUGUCUCGGUCUGAUUGCAUUUCCAUGAAGAAAUGAUCAUACAUGUUCUUCCUUGAGCUGCGUCGCGCUGCUGUGGUGACACAUGGACUGGCCUGACAUCUCGCUACAAACAAGCAGCUGCUGGAAGAGAGUAGGUGAGUCGUGUUCAGUCUCUUUGCUAAUGAAAUUAGGCAAAGUUAAAAGAUGUUUGGUGGCUAGUGCUAUGGCUGGGACCCUAUAUGAACUGUUGAUGAAGUUAGGUGCUGUUCUGAGCAUUAUUUGUGGCGAUAGAGUGGCGUUUUGGUUGAGGUUUGUGUAUGGCUCCUCAGACCGCUGUGUAUUGCUAUCGUGCGGUCAUUUCAAAAGUUGGUUUAACUAGAGGAGCAAGCGGUCGGCAACAUUCAUCUCUCGAGGGGGGGUCUAACUUGGUGUUACAGUAUGUUUGACCCUAAAUUAAUUUUACAUUUGAAUAUCCCUUUAAGUUGUUUAAACACUUUGUAAUGUCAGUUAUGAACACCCCCCCAAUUUAGCCCUAGUCCCACACAGCAUCAUUAUGCCAUGAAGCUGCAGGUGCCCAUUUUUUAACAUUGGUCUCUUGCCUGUUUUCAGCACUUGGACGAUUUUCAGAGGACACUGGGAAAACUACGAAGCCUCUCCGCAGAAGAUUCAACAGAGACUGGGAUGCUGCGGUCCAGACUAGAUGAACAGUCAAGUCUGAUCAGCAUGCUGAAGCACAGAGCAGAUGAGCUGCUUCUUCGAUGUGAAGCCCUUCAAAAAAUCAACCAAGAGCUGGAGUGCUGCAUGAAAGAUUGCCAGACAGAGCUGGAGAACAAAAGGAAGAAGGCAGAUCUAACAGAGAAGAGAUUUAUGGAUUUAUCAAGCAACAAUCAAGCAAUUAUUACUUUCAUGGAUGAGUACAAAAAGCAAAACGGCCUUCUGAAGCAGGAAAACAAAAAGCUACAGGCUGAAAAUGACACACUCUUCUCUCAGCAGUUACAAGAUAAAGACACGCUUGUUCAAAAGCUAAUGCAAGAUAUCAAACUGCUGACAGAGAAACACACAAAUAAAGAGAAUGAAUACCGGUAAGACAAUAAUUGUGAGUUUAACAGUAAAUAUUUUUUAACUCCUAAGCAGUAUAUCCAGUUUAAUUACCAACUCACUGACUCCAGUUACAGUUGCAUAAGGAUUUGCCGUUUGUGUGUUAUUCCAAAUUUGUUUCAGCUGUUAAACUAUUAGUAAUGUCACUUAAAGUGCCAGGUUUUAGCAUGUUAAAGAAGUUUAGAUCCCCCUUUGCAAAUUGUAAUCAGCGAAUGUAUGAAAAUUUGAAUAACCACAGGUCGCAGCCCAAGUUUUCCUUCUUCUGUAGCACUGACAACUUCAAUUCUGUAAACUCUAUGUUGAAGGGAGAAACUAGCAGAGUGCCAGUCAAAUCUCCAAGAACAAGCAAGCCAGCACCAGGCCAAAGAGGCAAUGCUACUUGCUCAACUGCAUGACGCUCAGCAACAGCAAAGAGACACUGCUGACCAGUGUGAAGGUGAGAAGUCAACAGUUUUCUCUGUUGGACAGUAAAAAAUGGCAGAUGUUGGUUCAUUUCUUCCCUUUUAUUAUGAUUAGACCUCAAGCUGAAGCUACAGAAGACUGAAGAAGAGCUUACUCAGAGAGAAAUCCAAAUGAAAGAAAGUAUAACAAGCCUCAACAAAGAGAAGGACAAAUUAUUAAACCUGUCCAUGGAAAGAGGAAAACUGAUACAGGUGAUCUAAAUCACUGUUCUCUCCAGAAUACCAAGCCAAAGCAGAUAAACCCUUACUGAGCACCACGAUUUGUCUCAUGUACAGGAGAAGCAAGAGGAAAUCCACCAGCUAGGGUUGAAAUUGAAAGAGGAGAAAAAGACCAGGGCCAAAGCAGAGGACAGGUAAGUAUACACUAUGUACAACUGCUAAGAAAAAUGUCCAUGAGUAUGAUCAGUCUGCUUGUAUUUGUCUCUGAUGCUGCUGCAGGUUUCAGAAGGACGCAGAAACUGUUAAUGCAGAUUUAAAAGUGAAGUCUCUCCAGUCUGCUCUGAAUGAAGCCACAACUAAAUACUGCCAGUUCAAAAAAGUUGGUUGAAUUUCACAGUAAUUGAUACUGUAUUUGACCCACAUACAACUGAAAAUAUAAUGAAUAUAUUUUGUUCUUUUGUUUAUUCUAAGGAUUUUGAAGCCUACAAGGAGCACAGCAGCAACCUUCUGAUACAAGAAAGGGAGUUAAACAAGAAACUUCGCCACUUGACGGGCUAAACUCCAGCAUAGUGAGAUAUUUUUUAUGAAAGCAAAUAUUUUUUAUUUAAAUGUAUCUGCCCUGACCUGCUCACACUCAUGUUGAUAUAUCAUGACAAUGAAUAUCACUGUUUAUUUUAAUCUUUAAUAUUUUCCCUCUGAGAGAAAUAAAUUCACAAUAACAUACUUUACAUGAGGUUAGAAGUACCACACAUAGAAAAUUCACUGUACAAACAUUUAUGUUGUAAAAUCUUAGAAAGAAAUCACUUAAGAGUGUUCUUCUGCAAGUUUCUCAGCUUUUUGGACAACUUCUUCAAUUGGACCCACCAUGUAAAAAGCUUGUUCUGGCAGGGCAUCAUAUUCACCUGGAACACAGAAAAGUAUAUUUUAAUGCCCACAAGGCUCCUCACAUAAGUAAUAGUUUUUGUUUUUAAAGUUGGUGCAACACCCUACCUCCCAGAAUGCUCUGGAAGCCUUUGAUUGUUUCCUUCAGAGGGACCAGUUUCCCCAAGUGACCAGUGAAGACCUCUGCUACCUGGAAGGGCUGUGACAAGAAACGCUGGAUCUUACGAGCACGAGCUACAGUUAGCUUGUCUUCCUCGGACAGUUCAUCCAUACCAAGAAUGGCAAUGAUGUCCUGCAGUGACUUAUAGUCCUAAAAAGAGAAGAAAAAAGGGGGAAAUUGUGUAUUAGUUCAAUUUUUAGAUUAGUAAAAUUGUUGACAGCCACUCCGAAUUUGUAAAAUCCAACACUAGGCUUGCCUGAAGAAUCUUCUGCACACCACGUGCAACAUCAUAGUGUUCAGACCCCACAAUAUUAGGGUCCAUGAUACGAGAGGUGGAAUCCAGGGGGUCCACAGCAGGAUAGAUUCCAAGCUCAGCAAUAGCUCUGGACAGCACCGUUGUUGCAUCCAAGUGAGCAAAAGUUGUAGCAGGAGCGGGGUCUGUUAAAUCAUCAGCUGGUACAUAGAUGGCCUGUAGCAAACAGAGCAUGGGUAGUGAGAAUAAACUAGAAAAACAAGGCUGUGCUGACUCUGGGAUAGGUUAUUUUGUCCUCUCACUUGUACUGAGGUGAUGGAGCCCUUCUUGGUGGUGGUAAUUCUCUCCUGCAUUGUCCCCAUAUCAGUGGCCAGGGUGGGCUGGUAACCCACAGCAGAGGGGAUACGACCUAACAAAGCAGACACCUGAAAGAUAACAAAACCCAGACAUAAGAGCAGAAAAAGCAUUAUUUUGUACAUGUUAAUGAACAAUGACAAAAUCUACUGCUCACUUCAGAUCCAGCUUGGGUAAACCUGAAGAUGUUGUCAAUAAAAAGAAGUACAUCCUGGCCCUCCUGAUCACGGAAGUAUUCAGCAACAGUCAAACCAGUUAGAGCGACUCUGGCACGGGCACCUGGAGGCUCAUUCAUUUGGCCGUACACCAGAGCUACCUAAAAAAUCCAGACAAGGAUGAUUUCUUUGCACUAAAUUUAUCAACACAGUUCAAAUCAUUAAAAAGGCAAAGAGAGUCUACUUUUGUUUUUAAAACCAAGUAGGUCAUUUUGGGUGUUACCUUUGAGGUGGUGUCUUUAAGGUUAAUGACGCCAGACUCAAUCAUUUCAUGGUACAAGUCAUUUCCUUCACGGGUUCGCUCGCCCACUCCAGCAAACACUGAGUAACCACCAUGAGCCUUGGCCACAUUAUUGAUCAGCUCCAUAAUCAACACAGUCUUGCCAACACCAGCACCGCCAAACAGGCCUAAAAGAACGCAACGAUUAAUUUCAAAGCAAUUGCUAAUGCCGAAUAUCAUGAAAUCUAAGGUGUCACACAGUCCACCAACCAAUCUUUCCGCCCUUAGCGUAGGGUGCCAGCAGAUCUACCACUUUGAUACCAGUGACCAGGAUCUCCUGCUCCACACUCAUGUCUGUGAACUCAGGGGCUUCAGCGUGGAUAGGAGCAGUCCUGCAAGACAAUAAAUAUACUGCUUAGACAGCGACAUGCUUGGGAUUAUUUUUCUUACUGUAAACAAAUUCUAUAGAGAGCCAGGGUAGUCAAUUGUAACUGUACAUUUUAUUCUAUUUUCUGAAAACAGCACAAUGUUUUGUUUUUUUUCAUGUUGAUAUCAGUCAUGAGCCAAGAUUUGUUGACAUGAAGAAAAACAUAACCGAAGCA